CCAAGUUAGGUCUGCAGCAGCAGGUUGCCCCGCCCACUGGCCGGUCUGUCCCUCGGGUGUGGCCUCCGAUUGGCUAAGGUGGUUGCGGGUCUUGAGACUGAGAAGCAGCCUCUGAGCGAAGGCUCGCUGUUAUGAUGCAGUUUGCGCUGAAGGUGCGAGGUCUACAUACGCGCCGGAGUUCGCUGCAUUUAAGACCAUCUCAUCCAGAUACUGGAUAUUUAAAUCUGAUUUGAUUUUUGUCUUUUUAUAUAUAUAUAUAUAUAUACACACAGUAUCUGUCAAAGGUUUACACGUAAAUAAUGCGUACGUUAUAUUUGGCAACCCGUUUGGAUUGGAUUUUGUACAAACUGCCCUGGAACGCAUGAAGAGACGCUCGUUUUGUUUUUCUUUUAUGAUGCGGCUCGAACAGGAAGAAUUUUACAGAGCUCUGAAGAUCCAGAGAGAUCCCCCCUGUAAUAAGGAAACUAGGCUACUGGAUAAUCUUGGACUACACUGUAAGCUUUAAAAUGCAAUGACAGCGUCUUGCUUCGUUUUACAUUCCAUAUGCUGGUAAAUUGAUGUAUUAAAUCGCGGACUUUCUCCGAUGUGGAUUAUCUUUAACAAUUUCCUGGAUGUGAAAUUCUGGAAGACUGUAGUUUUAAAAGAAAGUGAUUUCUAAGAGCGGUAUUAACUGGAGGAAAAAUAAUAGUCACUUAAAAGAAUUAAUUUGAUAUGCCCUUGUUUUUUUCUGAAACUAUAAAUACAAGGAUCGCGCUGGUAUUUACACGUAACGAACUGUUUCUAUUGGGUUGUUCUUUACUAGGCGCGCUAAUUUAUACUUUAAUACAUUUCAGCUUUAGCUUGUGGCUAAACAGCUUAUCGAUGGCAAGAACAGCCUCCUGCAAAUCGCUGUGUGAAUUCCGUCAGUCCAUGAACAUUUUAAAUUGCUUUAAACAUUGCACUCCCGAAAACGAUGUAGAAGUUAACUAGAUAAAAGCAAUUUUUGUGUGCAGUAAUUGUAUCAUAUUAGUGAGUCGACCAUCUAUAAUUUGAUAAAACUGAUUUGCAAGGCAGGAUAGGCACUCCGGAGGCAAGAUGCGCCAUUACAUUCGCCGGAUAACUUUAUAGUAACGAGAAUGACUGGCUAAUUUUCGCCGUGACUGUGAGAAGUGCCGAUAUGCUGAUAUUUCUGUUAUAGAGCAUAAAAGGUAGACAAAAAUCAACAAGUAUACCAGCCAAGGAAAUGGAUUUUAUAAAACUUCUAGUACUUUUUCUGUGCUAUACUUUGUCGGAUUCAGUAAUUAAUUUGAAAUAUUCUGUGGACGAAGACCAGAAAGCAGGGACGGUGAUUGCAAACGUUGCGAAGGACGCAAAAGAUGCAGGAUUUCUGGUUGAUCCCCGACAGCCCUCUUUGCGGGUUAUAUCUAAUACUGCGCCACAGUUGGUGGACAUUAACCCUGCCGGACUUCUUAUCAACAAGCAAAAGAUUGACCGAGACGUUUUUUGCCGACAGGUACCUAAAUGUUUUAUCUCGCUAGAGGUCAUGUCCAGCUCUAUGGAAAUAUGUGUAAUUAAAGUCGAAAUUAAGGACCUAAAUGACAAUGCGCCGGUCUUCUCCAGGGAUCACAUAGACCUGAAUAUCUCAGAGACCGCCUCUCCAGGCACCAGGAUUCCCCUAGAGGGGGCAAGUGAUCCGGACGCAGGAAGCUUUGGUGUCCAGACGUACGAAAUCACCCCCAAAGAUAUGUUUGGGUUGGACAUUAAGACAAGGGGGGAUGGAUCUCGGUUUGCCGAGUUAGUGCUGGAGAAAAAUCUGGACAGAGAAACGCAGUCUCAUUACAGUUACGUGAUAACUGCUUUGGAUGGAGGGGACCCCCCGAAAUUCGAUACUGUUUCACUUAAUAUUAAAGUGAUCGAUUCAAAUGACAAUAACCCAAUUUUUGACCAGUCUGUGUAUUCAGUUAAAGUGAUGGAGAAUUCCCCUAAUAACACUAUAGUCAUUGACCUGAAUGCGACCGAUCCAGAUGAAGGCACCAACGGCGAGGUGGUGUAUUCGUUUAACAGUUACGUGUCCGAUAAAACACGGGAGUUGUUCAAAAUUGAUCCCUUUACUGGUGUCAUUACAGUCAGUGGGCUUUUGGACUAUGAGUCCGUGAACACGUAUGAGAUUGAUGUCCAAGGCAAGGAUUUAGGUCCAAAUUCUAUCCCUGCUCACUGCAAAGUGAUCGUAAAUGUCAUGGAUGCGAAUGAUAACGUGCCGGUGAUUAAAAUGCUGUCGGCGAACAGCGAGAUGGUGGAAGUGAGCGAAGACGCGCAGCUGGGCUACGUGAUCGCUUUGGUCCGGGUUUCGGACCGAGACUCGGGGGCUAAUGGACGGGUGCAGCUGCGGCUGCAGGGCAAUGUGCCGUUCAGGCUGCAGGAGUAUGAGAGCUUCUCCACUAUACUUGUUGAUGGGAGGCUGGACAGAGAGCAGAGAGACACGUAUAACUUAACGAUCCAAGCGCUGGACGGCGGCAUGCCGCCUCUCAAAGCAACGAAAUCACUGACGGUGAGAGUGACGGAUGAAAACGAUAACCAUCCUCACUUUUCUAAGCCACAUUAUCAAGAAAUGAUCCUAGAAAACAAUACCCCCGGGGCUUACCUGCUCUCCGUGUCCGCCAGUGACCCGGACUUGGGGCUUAACGGCACCGUGUCCUACCACAUCGUGCCGUCUCAGGUGCGGGACAUGCCCGUCUUCACCUAUGUCUCCAUAAAUCCCACUUCUGGCGACAUCUAUGCGCUCAGAUCAUUCAACCACGAACAUACCAGGACUUUCGAAUUCAAAGUUUUGGCCAAAGAUGGUGGGAACCCACCUUUAAGCAGUAAUGCCACUGUGCGCAUCGUGAUCUUAGACGUUAACGACAAUACCCCCGUUAUGACCACCCCACCCCUGAUUAACGGCUCGGCAGAGGUGUCCAUCCCCAGAAAUGCCGGUGUUGGGUACCUGGUGACCCAAGUUAAAGCCGACGAUUACGACGAAGGGGAAAACGGAAGACUAACGUACUCUAUUUCAGAGGGAGAUCGGGCUUUCUUUGAGAUCGACCAGGUGAAUGGGGAAAUCCGCACGACCAGGACGUUUGGCGAAAACGCCAAGAGCAGCUACGAGAUCACGGUGGUGGCUCACGACCACGGCAAGACGUCGCUGACGGCCUCCGCUUUCAUUGUGAUAUACCUCUCACCCGACAUGGACCAACAGGAGUCUAUAGGAUACGUCAACCUGUCCCUGAUCUUCAUUAUUGCCUUGGGCUCUAUUGCCGCUAUUCUUUUUGUCACUAUGAUUUUUGUGGCUGUGAAAUGUAAACGGGACAACAAGGAGACUCGAACCUACAACUGCAGUUUCUUCUACCUGCGCAGGGUGGCAGAAUAUUCUUAUGGAAACCAGAAGAAGUCUAACAAGAAGAAGAAACUCAGCAAGAAUGACAUUCGGCUGGUGCCCCGUGACGUGGAGGAGACGGACAAGAUGAACGUGGUGAGUUGCUCUUCACUCACCUCCUCGCUCAACUACUUCGACUACCACCAGCAGAGCCUGCCUCUGGGCUGCAGGCGCUCGGAGAGCACCUUCCUCAACGUGGAGAGCCAGAACGUGCGCAAUGCCGCCGCCAACCACGGUUAUCACAACACCUUCACCGGACAGGGCCCACAGCAGCCUGACCUCAUCAUCAACGGCAUACCGCUGCCAGAGACAGAGAAUUAUUCGAUCGACUCCAGCUAUGUAAACAGUAGAGCACAUCUCAUUAAAAGCACAUCGACAUUCAAGGACAUGGAAGGUAACAGCCUUAAAGACAGCGGUCAUGAAGAAAGUGACCAGACUGACAGCGAGCAUGAUGUGCAGAGAGCUCUCUAUCCAGACACUGCCGCCAACGAUAUGCUCAACGUAACUGUGCCGUCAAGCGGCUGCCAGGUGCUGGCUUUAGACCUGACAGAUAGCUUCCACUGUCAGGAAGAGUGCCGGAUUCUGGGCCAUUCGGACCGGUGCUGGAUGCCGCGCCUCCCCGCCCAUGUCAAAUCCCCGGAACACAGCAGCAGCGUCAUCACCCUCCCGAUUGAGCCACCCACUGUGGACGCUCCGCCCUACAAGGACUGUGGCACCAAAAGGACUUUCGCCACCUUUGGCAAGGACGGCCCAGAGGAUCACGAGCGGUGUGAGCCGAAGGGGCGUAGGACAGUGGAGGCGUCAGCAUGCAGCCCGAAAGCCAGUGGGAUGGUGAGGGAGGCAGGUAAUGGCCAAGAGGUAGCCAGCCCCCUGUCCUCCCCCGUGCACCUGAAGAGCCCUCUGGCCAAAUUUCCCUCCACCUACAGCACUCUGAAACGGCGUGAUGCUGAACGGAUCACCCAGCAGAGCCUACUGCGGCAGGCAGAGGGGAAGGACAGCGAGCCUGAUGUCCGGGACAUCAAGCAGGGCCUGCAUGACUGUCAGGAGAAGAGCUCUCCUGAAUCUAAGCGCCUGAAGGACAUAGUGCUGUAAGAGCACAGGCAUCGCUCCAUUGCUACCAGUCUUUGUUCGUGUUGUAACAAUCAAAAACAAGGAAAGAAAACAUUUACAGCACAACUUAUGUAAUAGAAUUUCACAGAGAUAGAUGCUGGUAUUCCUGCACCUGCAAGAAAAGAUCGAGGUUUUUACACCUGAUCUAUCUCUCCUCCUGGCACGCUGGAACGAGGGCUUUACUAGUUACUGUGUAACAUGCCAAAUUCCACAGAAUUUAUUCAGUUAUUUAUGGUUCCUUUUGUUCGUGUGGAUAGAAGCUUGAAAUUGUGAAGUAAUUGUUUUAUUUCUGUGCUUUACACAAUAUUACUUUCUGCUGUUCUGCAGUUUGUUGUUCCUGUGUCUUUCCGUUUUAAUGUGACCACAGUUCCUAAUGGAAAACAGAACGUACAAACUAAACCAUAAAUACACAGUCAGCCAUGACAAAAAUGGAAGGUCUUUAUGGUACUUUAGUAUUAUUAUUAUUAUUAUUAUUAUUACUUCUACUAUCCAGGGGCAACACUAAACAAAGCUAAGCAUGUAGGAAUGCCAUAUCCAUCCAAUAAAAGUUUUAUUUCAAACGAACCAUAUUAUUUGAAAACUCUGGAACCCAUUUGUGACUGUGGCCACUGGGACUAUUAACUGUUCUCUGGCCAUGGAGGCUUUCAAAUGUUCGGUCACAGAGCUAGAAAAUAGAAGGAACGGAUAUGUAUAUAUGGUUUACAAUGAACAUUUUUCAUAAACUUGUGACAAUCCCUUUAACGUUUCCUUUCAAGACAAAAAACCUAGUUAUUAUCUGUGUUCGACGGGUUCAAAAGUAGAGUUUGUUACACAAAGAAAUAUAUAUAAAUAUAUAUAUAUAUAACAUAUAUGUAAGCCAGAAUCGUUUUUACUUUAUUUAAAAAUGUUUAACAGAAUUGUUAUUGUGUUUGGUUCUUUUCGGUAAGUUAAACCUUUAAAUCAACAGGUUUUUUCAUAAACCUUUAAAUAAUCAUUCCUUUAUUUUCAAAUUAAAUUCUGAAUCUUGUUUAAUAUGUUAAUCUUGGCAACUUGCAGUCUGUAUGUUGUUUACUGGUCUGUUCUUGUGCCAUAAAAUUCCUGUCAGCUAUGUGGGCAAAAAAAUUAAUAAAAACAAUUAAAAAGAGAUACAACCUACACCUAUAGUAGUAAUGUCAUAUAAAUGAGUUUUGAGUGAAAAGAAAUCAGAUAUUUAACUAGCAAAGGCUGUGGGACAAUCAGCAUUGCAAGCUGGUCUGGUGACUCCAAACAGAUCUUACAUUUUUUAGGACCCUGAAUUUAAUUCAUUUCAUACGUACAGUGUACAGUGCAAUUUGAAAGAUAGCUGGCCCCAAAGCACUUUACCGACAAAUAAAGUAAAGCAACAAAUCAAUACAAUUUGAUUUAUGAUCUUGGCCUACAUUUUUCUUAACAGUCAACAGGUUGAAUAAUGAGGAAAAUGUGAUGAUUGUUGGUGAAUUAUACAUGUAACACUAUGGUGAGAAGCGUUAAUGUUGUGGCUGUAUUAGAGCACCCGCCCAGACAGCUGAAGUAACAGAUUUUGUGAUAUUUCAUAAUGAAAUUGGUUUGGAUUCAAAGAAAGUAUUAGGAAUCACUUUGUUUUCCCUAAUUGUAACAUUUUGGUUCCUUUGCCAUUUUAAUAAUUAUAAGUAACAAUAAAAAUGGGCAUAAAACUUAAGUGAAUGUUCAGGCUUCACCAACCGCUUCUGGUAACAUGAACGUAAUCACUGAAUGUACAAGAUAACUUAUUAUUAAAAUAUUUAGUGUACGA